AAGACACAGCAUUCUGCAGACAUGGCCGACGAAGACGUCAGCGCGCUCGUCGUGGACAACGGCUCCGGCAUGUGCAAGGCGGGCUUCGCCGGCGACGACGCCCCUCGGGCCGUGUUUCCCUCCAUCGUGGGCCGGCCUAGGUACCAGGGCAUCAUGGUGGGCAUGGGCCAGAAGGACAGCUACGUGGGCGACGAGGCGCAGUCGAAGCGAGGCGUGCUGACGGUGAAGUACCCGAUCGAGCACGGCAUCGUCACCAACUGGGACGACAUGGAGAAGAUCUGGCACCACACUUUCUACAACGAGCUGCGCGUCGCCCCGGAGGAGCACCCCGUCCUGCUCACCGAGGCGCCGCUCAACCCGAAGGCCAACCGCGAAAAGAUGACGCAGAUAAUGUUCGAGACGUUCAACACGCCGGCGAUGUACGUGGCUAUCCAGGCCGUGCUGUCGCUGUACGCAUCCGGAAGGACCACUGGAAUCGUCCUGGACUCUGGUGACGGCGUGUCCCACACCGUGCCCAUCUAUGAAGGGUACGCGCUGCCGCACGCGAUCCUGCGUCUGGACCUGGCCGGGCGCGACCUCACGGACUACUUGAUGAAGAUCCUGACUGAACGCGGCUACAGCUUCACGACGACGGCCGAGCGCGAGAUCGUGCGCGACAUCAAGGAGAAGCUGUGCUACGUGGCGCUCGACUUCGAGCAAGAGAUGGCCACCGCCGCCGCCAGCUCCUCCCUCGAGAAGUCCUACGAGCUGCCGGACGGCCAGGUGAUAACAAUCGGCAACGAGCGCUUCCGAUGUCCGGAGGCGAUGUUCCAGCCGUCGUUCCUGGGCAUGGAGUCCUCUCCAUUGUUGCAUUUGGGUCACCACCAGGGAGGGACCACAAUGGCAACACUGGAACCAACUGCAGCCUCUGGUGCCCUCUCCACCACUGCACAUCCAGCAGGCCAGCCUCCAGUCAGUCUGCUCCAGCCUCAGCUUCCAAACAAUCUGCUCCAGUUUCAGCUGGGAUUAGCGACAAGAAUUUGCAAACCUCACCAGGUGGCAGCAUCACACAGGUUGGGACUGGACUGGGAGAAAUUGGGUGACGACAUUUAG